UUGAUGAAAUUCCCAUUCAAAUCGUAUGUCAAACACAGUCAGUUUUGCGGAGGUAUAAAAUUAACAAAUUACGCCUGAGAAGAAACACAGUCGGCGGAGAGAUCACGGAAGCACAAUCCGGCGACAAAUCCAUGACUUUUCCGACUAAAUUCGCCAGCAACAAGUGACAAUUUCGCUCCAGAUAUGUCGAUGGACAGGCACGGCUCUUCCUACGCUGCAUCUCCCGAAGAAACCAACCUGUUCCUUGACAUACUGCAAGAGGCUCCCUUAUGUGGUCACCGGAAGCGAACAAGGAUACUUGGGAGUAUCUUUUAUUGUAUUUUACUGGCAGGUUAUGCAAUUUUUGCUCUGGGAAUUACGUGGAUUCUUAAGUCUUUGGAAGAUUUAACCGUCUCACUACUGUGUAGCUGUAAUAUCAUUCUUUUGGUCGUUACAGGCAUUUUUCUACAAUAUUUGGUUUAUCAAGUUCACAAGAUACGCCUGCAGGGUUAUUAUGGUUUCAGCCAAAAGUUGAAGCAUAUAAUUCGCCUACCAUUUGCUACUAUCGCAUAUGGAACUGCUGCAAUGCUGCUUGUCAUGGCCUGGAAGCACCAUAUAAGUUUUCUAUCAAUUUCUAUGCUACUCAGAAUCAUUAUGCUGGUUGAAGCAGUAUGUGCAGGAUUUUUCAUGAGCGUCUAUGUUGGUUAUGUGCACCAAUACAAUUCAUUGGAUUCCCAACCUGACGUUUUGAACUCAUUGUACUCUCCACUGCAACAAGCAAGUCCUUUAGAAGGAUUGAGGUACCAUGAUGGGGGGCGUCUAUCAGAUCAACAGAUGGCAUUGUUGCAGUAUCAGAGAGAAAACCUUCACUUUCUCAGUGAGGAGAUUCUUAGACUACAAGAAUCUUUGAGCAAAUAUGAGAGAACUAAUGAUGGUAGCACGCCUCAGGUUGAUCUGGCUCAUUUGUUAGCUACUCGUGAUCAAGAACUACGAACACUUUCGGCUGAGAUGAACCAGUUGCAAUCUGAACUUCGACUUGCUCGCUCUCUGAUAGCUGAGAGAGACUCAGAGAUACAAGGUGUUCGCAACACUAACAAUCAGUACAUCGAGGAGAAUGAAAGGCUUAGAGCUAUACUGGGAGAGUGGAGCGCCAGGGCAGCUAAGCUGGAACGUGCAUUGGAGGCUGCAAACAUGUCCAAUUUGGAACUGCAGAAGAAAAUCUCAUCGAAGACUCGGACUACAGCAGAACAAGCUGAUUAGUAAGGCUGGUAAUCUCACUUUCUCGUUGUUUCUCUUUUCUUCGUUUGUUGGGUGCAUUCUUUUCUUCUUUUGUAUAGGAGAGUGUAUAGACAGAGGAUGAAGUUUAGUGAUUUAGGAUUUGCUCAACAGAAACUGUAUAGGAAUUUGAAGUGUGACAUGUCCUUUUUCUUACUUUUACUCAACUUGAG